AGGACUUGAUCCUCACGCUUAACGAAUAGCUUAAUUACUAAGCGUCGUAGUGAUUACUGAACCCUUUCUUAAUUUUUCCUCCACUUUCUCAUGCACCGACCCCAGCCCUUGCUCUUCUCCCUUCGUUCUGUGACUAUUAGUGCCUUUCGUCCAUUGAAACCCUACUUCUCCCUCCAAACUUUCGCACAUUACUCUCUUGGAAGGAUGACAAGUCGUGGCAGUGGCCAAAACAUCCCUGAUCGUGGCCGUGGUCGUGGUCGUGGUCGUGGUCGUGGUCGAGCAGUUGGCUAUAGAUCUAAUGUUAAAGAUGAUGAUAUUCGAGAUUCCAAUUGCAGAAUUUCUAGUAACCUCCCAGAUGAGGCUUCUAUCGAUGAAGGCAGUACCAAUGGAAGAUCACAGCAUGUCCAAACUUCUCCAGAGAGGGAAGUAAAUAGCAGUUCAAAGUGUACUCAGACAACAAUUAAAAUUGAAACAAAUAGCAGUUCAAAUUGUACUCAGUCAACAGUUACAGUUCCUGUUACUGACCAGCAGGAUCAGCAUAUAUUGCUUCAGGUUGGUAAAGACAAAUCACCAAAUACUGUAAGAACUCAGAAGGAUUGUACUUCACCAAACAGAGCAGUGGGCAGUAGCUUGAGACAGCCGAAGAGCUCCUCAUUGGUGGAUUCUGCUGAUGACAGAGAGUGGCAUGAUAAUUCUAGUAGCAGGUUCAGAUCUUCCCAAACACUGCAUAAGAGUCAACACCAAUCACACACACCUAAUUUAGCUCCUGGCAACCAGCGGGAUAGGCUUUAUAGCAGGAACAUACCUUCCCCUGCUGGGAAAAAUCGUCAUGAGACGAUAUCCUCUGAGAAGGCAGCAGAUCACCAUAGAACAGAACAUUCUGAGCUGUUAACCACGGUGGUACCUUUUGAUAUAUGCCAAAGCAAAAGCGUGUCUCCAUUUGCACUAAAACCUUCUUUAUAUGCAACAAACAAAGAAAAACGGAAAGAACGACAGUGCUCCGAUGGAGGUGAAAAACAUAUCCUGAGGCAAGGAAUGGUGCUUCUAAAGAAAUACAUUAGUCACAGUGAUCAGAUCAAUAUUAUAAAGAAGUGUCGGGAACUGGGUUGUGGCCCUGGAGGAUUUUAUCAACCUAGUUACCAAGAUGGUGCCAAACUACAUCUGCGAAUGAUGUGCCUUGGGAAAAAUUGGGACCCUGAAACGAGAUCAUAUGGAGACCGUCGGUUGAUUGAUGAUGCAUGCCCACCCAGUAUUCCUGUUGAGUUCAAGCAGUUGGUUGAAGCAGCAAUUCAAGAUUCACAAGCCUUUUUAAAGCAAGAUUCGAAACUUACCAAUGAAGAAGGGGUACUUCCUGGUAUGUCACCAGACGUCUGUAUUGUCAAUUUCUACACAGAGAAUGGGAGACUUGGUCUACAUCAGGAUCAAGAUGAAACUCCAGAGAGUCUGAAAAAAGGGUUACCUGUCGUCUCAUUCUCCAUUGGCGACUCAGCGGAGUUUCUGUAUGGAGACACCAGGGACAUUGAAAUGGCAAAGAAAGUUGUUCUCGAAUCUGGUGACGUGCUUAUAUUUGGAGGUGAUUCAAGGCAUGUAUAUCAUGGGGUGCCAUGUAUUAAGCACAAGUCAGCUCCAAGUUUUCUGGAUGAAGAAGCAAAUCUUCGCCCUGGACGUCUAAAUCUCACAUUUCGGAAGUAUUAGAAACUUCCUCUACCAGCUGUUUAUUUGGAUGGUGACUUGUAAGUAAACUGUUUCUUCUGAUGACAUGAGAUAGAUUGUUUAAGUUGUGUAAUUAUUAUAGCUUACCAAAGGUUAAAAAUUCUGUUUGGAUUAAAAUUAUGAUAGAUCAUCAAAAGUUUUGUAGUUUGCAAAGCAACAUAAACAUCAUGGAUAGAGUUGACAAUUCGGGCAUAUCAUGUAAGUUAAUGUAUUGUUCAUGGUUUUUGCUCAGAGAGCUUGAGCAGGUUGGAUUUUUCAUCCA